UCACCCUGCGGGCCGAUUGUCGUUUCUAUCCACAUGUAGUGGGUGUCUGCAUUUGCACUCUGGACAAUGGUAGUUCCAAGUACUGCCUAGCACAACUGUUCAGGACCAGUCAAAAAAUGGGAUUUAUAUAUAUGUGAAUUCAUUUAUAUAGAUUCAAAGAAUGUGUUUAAAUGUUGAAUGCUCGUUCAAUAUCGAAGGAGGAGGAAUAUCAUGACCAAACCAAGUCAAGAACUGGACCUCUGACUUUGUUUGUAUGUGAAAUUGCAACUCCUUCACCGAAUGCGUCCUAAGUGCUGAUUAUCGCCAUUGGCUGGCUGGGACUGGGUCUUUGCUUGGAUGUAUCUAUAAAACGAGCUUCUCUUCGUCCCGUUCCCAGACAAGGUACUUUAGCCUUGGCAAUGGCAGCAUUCUCAGCCUCUUAUUGUCUUGCACUUCUCUCAUUCAUCUUCUUCUUCAGCUCUGGUAUUCUCCUCUGCACCGAAGCUCAGCGGUUGAGCCUCUGUUCUCAAGUUAGCAAAGAGCUCUUUGACAAGAUAUUUCUACACAAGGAUGAUAACGCAUGCCCUGCCAAGAACUUCUAUACAUACGAUUCUUUCCUGAAUGCAUCGAAAUUCUUCCCAAAAUUCGGUGCCACUGGAAGUUCAGCGACGCGCAAGCGCGAGGUUGCGGCAUUUCUCGCUCAGAUUUCCCACGAGACCACAGGUGGGUGGGCAACCGCACCCGAUGGACCUUAUGCAUGGGGUUUGUGCUUUAGAGAGGAAGUUAGUCCCCAAAGCAAUUACUGUGACUCCACCAACAAGGAAUGGCCCUGCUACCCUGGCAAAUCUUACAAAGGAAGAGGUCCCAUUCAACUAUCUUGGAAUUUCAAUUAUGGUCCAGCUGGGAAGGCCUUGGGAUUUGAUGGACUGAGGAACCCGGAAAUCGUGGCAAACAACUCCUUGAUCGCAUUCAAGACAGCGCUAUGGUUCUGGAUGACAGAGCAGAAGCCGAAGCCCUCAUGCCACGAUGUCAUGGUUGGAAGAUAUGUCCCCACAGAAGCUGACACAGCAGCCAAUCGGACGGCAGGAUAUGGUCUUGUCACCAACAUUAUCAACGGUGGACUCGAGUGUGGUAUACCCAAUGAUGGGAGGGUCAGUGAUCGGAUUGGCUAUUUCAAGAGAUAUGCUGAGCUGUUUAAUGUUGAUACUGGACCUAACUUGGAUUGUGAAAAUCAGAAAUCCUAUUAACAAAUUAGAACGUGACAAUGGACCAAAUGGCUUAUGACCUGAGUGUCUAUUAAUAUAACAGAUGUUUUGUC